CUGUUUCGACAAGCAAAAAACAAUGGAGGUAUGUUUCCUCCAGGAAUAUGUGGCCAAGCAGUACGAAGAGAAUAGUCUUAACUUCCAGUCAAAGCACGCCCCUUCCGCCCACCAACUGUCCAGCGACUCACCGUCCUUUCAAUACACAUAUUACUCAAAAAAGCCAUUUUUAACAUGAGAUUCACAAGGAGGGGGAUUGGAGCUGCGGGAAAAUUAAAAAUACAAGGCUUCCGCAUGUGGCGCCGAUUUAGACACCAUGGAUAUAAAGAAUACUUGCAGAUGGGUGUAGGAGGGAGGACCAGCGAGAGAGCUUCCCUGGAGUGAAAAGGGUCAAUAUUGAAUUGUCGCACAGAAUGGGACAUGCAAGUAUCAUCGGGAAGUAUCAACUUAGUCGAACGCUUGGAGAAGGGAAUUUCGCCAAGGUUAAGCUGGCUGUGAACACAGAAAAUGGACAGUAUGUUGCGAUCAAGAUCAUUGAUAAGCAUAUGGUCAUGGAAAAUGAUCUCAUGAGCCAGGUAAAGCAGGAAAUAAGAACGAUGAAGCUUCUGCGUCACCCAAACAUUGUAAGGAUACAUGAGGUUAUUGGCACAAGGACAAAGAUUUACAUGAUAAUGGAGUACAUAUCAGGAGGGCAGCUAUCUGACAAGAUGUCUUACGUCAAGAGGUUUGAUGAAAGAGAGGCCAGGAAAUACUUCCAGCAAUUAGUUGAUGCAGUAGAUUAUUGCCAUUGCAUGGGGGUUUAUCAUAGAGAUCUAAAGCCAGAAAACUUGCUUUUGGAUAACAAAGGAAAUGUAAAAGUAUCAGAUUUUGGACUUAGUGCUCUGCGAAAGCCUGGACACCUGCUAUCCACCGCCUGUGGCUCUCCUAGCUAUGUUGCGCCAGAGCUGCUAAAAAAUAAGGGUUAUGAGGGGGCAGCUGCAGAUGUUUGGUCCUGCGGAGUAAUCCUUUUUGAAUUGCUUGCUGGUGAUCUACCAUUUGAUGAUCGUAAUCUGAUGAACCUGUAUAGAAAGAUAACAAAAGCAGAAUACACAUUUCCAGAGUGGUUUACAGAGAGCCAAAAGAAACUGAUCUCCAGGAUACUUGAUCCAGAUCCCUUAAAGCGAAUAACAAUGGCAGAGAUUAUUGAAGACCAGUGGUUUCAAACAGAUUAUGAGCCUGCUAAACGAAUUGAAUCCGAUGAAAAUAUCUGUUUGGAUGAUGUUCAUGCAGCUUUCAACUCAAUCAAGGAAUGUGAGAGUGAGACUGAAACAAAAAUAUCCCUCGCUCCAAGCUUCAUCAAUGCUUUCCAGCUAAUAGCAAUGUCACAUGACCUCGAUUUGUCAGGACUAUUUGAAGAACAGGAUGACCAAAAGCAGAAAACAACUCUAGGAGCCAAGCAUACAAUCAAUGAAGCAAUAGAGAAAAUUGAGGCUGCUGCAAAGGAUGUCUCUCUCUCAGUUGAAAGGAUGAAUAACUCCAAGGUGAAAGUUUAUCCUAAACAGAAGAUGACUAGAUGUUCAAGAUCAUGCUUUAACCUAUCAGCAGAAGUAAUUGAGGUGGCACCCACACAUUGUGUUAUAGAAAUAUCAAAAUCAACAGGGGAGCUGGGAUUGUAUAGAGAGUUCUGCAAAAGUUUAUCAAGUAUGCUGACAGAAGAAUCGGGGGUGUCAACCGAAACACAAGCACCUAGGGAAACAAUUGUCAACAUGAGAAAUAUUCAUGGAAGUGAAUGGUAGUCUACAUCCUAAUCUAAGAUGGUAUACAAUGCAUAACUUACUACCCACCUCACUAGCACUUUUAAAUUGUGCAUAUUUGUACAGAAACAUGAGAUGGAUAAUAAAGAACUAGUGGUUAUUCUUCCAGUUGAUUGCUGA